GGAAAUGUUGAAUACAGUUUUAGAAACAGUUGUUGGAUUGUGAAUGUGUGAUCUUUCAGGGAUGUUCAGGAGCACUCUUAUUUAAUGGCUAUAACUGUCUAAAUGCACCCAUCAUUAGUCUACACUGACUGAGAGGUGGAUGAAGAGUUCGUUUGUUAAAGGCAGUGUUCUCAUGUGUGCUGGAGGAUGUGUGAAAGUCAUGUCUAUGUAGUUUUACUCAUAACUGUGACGCAUGCUCAGCUCAGUUCAGCUCAGCCCGCUGAUUGUGCUGAUUGUGUUAAUGAAGGUAAUCAGACAACAGGCCUCAGCUGGAGUGUGUGAGUGUGUGUGUGUUUAUCUCGCAGCUGCUCAUCCUCUUCCUCAUGUCAGCGUGUGUUCUGCUUCAGCAUGGGCUAUGUGUUGCUGUUUUUGCUGCUGGUGUGUGUCCCGGUGGUCUUCCCGCAGGGUCUCCGCUGCCUCUUCUGUCCGGUAACGGCGCUGAACGGCUCGUGUGUGCCGGUAGUGACCGAGUGUCCGGUGCAGGAGCUCUGCUAUACCGCGGACGGCCGCUUCGGGCGCUCCUCCGUGCUCUUCAGAAAGGGCUGCAUGUUGAGGACGGACUGCAGCCGCUCCAGACACGAGAUCAUCCGGGGAAACAACAUCAGCUUCAGCUUCUCCUGCUGCGGGGGACACUACUGCAACUCCCAGCCGAGAGCGGAGCCCGGAGGCCGGCUACUGCUGCUGCUGCUGGCCGCUGCUGCGCUCACCGCCGCCGGGGCACUCUGACGGAGACACACACACCAGAGUAAACAGACAGCAGGCUAAACUACUGCACUAAUCUGGCCGUCAUCAAGCGGUCAGUGACGGUGAGCUGGACACAAGCACAGGCUGAACUCUGCUUAUAUGCCCUUUAUAUGUUGAUUCUGUUUUUAAUGAGCUCCAUUAAACUGUGUGACCCUUUUAAA